AUGGCUUCUCCAUCCUCCUGCCACUCGGAGGAGGAGGAGAGUCUGAAGGCUUGUGAGCUGUACGUUCAGAAGCACGGCAUUCAGCAGGUCCUCAAAGACUGCAUCGUGCACCUCUGCAUCUCCAAGCCGGACCGCCCCAUGAAGUUCCUCCGGGAGCAUUUUGAAAAGCUGGAGAAGGAAGAAAACAGGCAGAUUUUGGCUCGGCAGAAGUCGAACUCGCAAUCAGACUCCCAUGAUGAGGAAGUGUCACCGACCCCACCCAACCCUGUGGUGAAGGCCCGCCGCCGGCGAGGGGGAGUGAGUGCGGAGGUGUACACAGAAGAAGAUGCUGUCUCCUAUGUCAGGAAGGUUAUUCCCAAGGACUAUAAGACCAUGACGGCGCUGGCCAAAGCCAUCUCCAAGAACGUGCUCUUUGCUCACCUUGAUGACAAUGAGAGAAGUGACAUCUUUGACGCCAUGUUCCCUGUCACUCACAUUGCUGGGGAGACAGUUAUACAGCAAGGCAAUGAAGGAGACAAUUUCUAUGUAAUCGAUCAAGGAGAAGUAGAUGUGUAUGUGAAUGGAGAGUGGGUGACCAGCAUCAGCGAAGGGGGCAGUUUCGGGGAGCUGGCACUCAUAUACGGCACCCCCAGGGCCGCGACGGUGAAAGCCAAGACCGACCUUAAGCUCUGGGGCAUCGACCGCGACAGCUACCGGCGAAUCCUCAUGGGCAGCACGCUGAGAAAACGCAAGAUGUAUGAGGAAUUUCUCAGCAAGGUCUCCAUCCUCGAGUCCCUGGAGAAGUGGGAACGUCUGACAGUGGCCGACGCACUGGAGCCCGUCCAGUUUGAGGAUGGAGAGAAAAUCGUUGUUCAGGGGGAGCCAGGGGAUGACUUCUACAUCAUCACAGAAGGCACGGCAUCCGUCCUGCAGCGCCGAUCCCCCAACGAGGAGUACGUGGAGGUGGGCCGUCUCGGGCCCUCCGACUACUUCGGGGAGAUCGCGCUGCUGCUGAACCGGCCCCGUGCGGCCACCGUGGUGGCCCGAGGACCCCUCAAGUGUGUCAAGCUGGACCGGCCCCGCUUCGAGCGCGUGCUGGGCCCCUGCUCCGAGAUCCUCAAGAGGAACAUCCAGCGCUACAACAGCUUCAUCUCCCUGACCGUCUGA